AUGGACCUGCCCCUCGAGACGACCAGCCCCAGGCGCAAGGACAAGAUCGCAGAAGCCAUCCAGUCCAUGGCCAAUCUGAAUAACAAUAUGGAACCGCUCGAGCUUCCCACAGAUCCUGAUGCCCAAGCGACGGUCACCGAUUUCCUCGACUUCACCGAAUACCUCCCAUCAGACAUGAUCCGCUCCAUCACCCUUAUCGGCAAUCUCGAUCGAAAGUAUCGCAAAGCUUCUAGAGCUACCAACGAACAGGCUGAGAUAUACGGAAGGCUCCCAGAUAUACCCGUCGAUGAGAAGCCAAACCCUGUUAGCCUCAGAUCUGAACUGUCCGAGAGCGUCAGUGAUGCUGUCAGCGCCCGCACAUUGUCCUAUGCAGAGGCAUGUCGCAUGGCCGACAAUGUCGACCGCCACUACAACCGGGCAAAGAAUAUAUUGGCAAAGCUCAAAGCUAUGCUUGAAGCAUACCCGCCGUCUCGAGAACCCAGCCCAGCGCCCGAGAAACCUAAAUCCCCCGUCAUAGCUCGAACACCAAAGAUCACUUUACGUCUAGAUGGAUCUCGGACGGACCAAACCGGAGGGCCACGAGUACGAAGACAUCGCGCACCGAGAAUUACAGUCCCUGGAGAGGUCCUGGCGCCUUAUGAGUUUGACUACGAAUCUUACGGCUCCGAAUCCGACGACUGGGACUCAGCAGAGGAUGAGCCUCCGGAGCCCAGGCAGACACCAGCACGAUCCCUCACAAACAAUUCUGGCAGAAUCAAGUUGAAGGUUCAGAAGCCGCCCAAGAAUAAUAAAACCCCAAAGCAACCUCGUCCCCCGCGGCCUCCCGGAGUCAUGGGCACCAACGUCCACAGUUCCGUAGCUGGUAUUUCGACGAGCAAUGCUUUGGCCAAGUUGAACCCUCCGCCAGAGAAUGCUGAAAAGGGAAGCGAACACGCCCCAUGGCUUCAGCUGACCGAAUGGGAGCUCGGGAUGCUCAGAAAGCGAAUGAAGAAGAACGCUGUCUGGAGCCCGAGUGAUACUAUGAUCGCACGGGAGUUGAAGCAGCUUGGUCGUGGUAUUGAAGCAUAUCGCGCAGCUAAGAGCCAGGCGGAUGCUACAGGUCAGCCUUUCGAUCAGCCCGUGCCACCUCAACUUUUGGGCCAGGCCGUGCUGGCAGAAGGCGCUAUCAGUGUGGAGGCAGUACAAAACGACCAGGAUCUUCAGCUUAGCAAUCGUGGCAUGAAGCUGAAUGAAGCUAAGAAAUUGAAGAAGGAGAAUCAAGCCAAGGAGGCGGCCAAACAAGCGGCAGAAGAGGCAGAAGAAUCAGCCCGAAAGGUGGCAGAAGCUGCUAAAGUUAUGAAGGGUCUGUUCAGCAAACCAGCGUCGAAGGAUGAAAAGAAGACGGAUAAGAAAACUCCGACGGCCGUCAGCAAGACACCGGCCAGAAAGCGCAAGAGAGAGUCGAACGCUGGUACCGAAUCUCCUGAGAAAGUGGCGGAGGGAGAACCCGCAACCGCAAAACAGGACAAGCCAGAGAGACCGCCGCCACUGAAGAGGACUAAAACCGAGACUCCAGUUCCUGCCCCUCAGCCAAUUGCGUCCAAGGAGAAGCAGCCCCCGGCUUUGACUCUUGAUACCCAGACUCUUGAACCUGCUACAGCCGCUUCUUCAGAAGCUGCGCCAGUUCCUGCGGCUGAGGUCCCUGCGGAGAAUGUAACAGCUCCUUCUCCAAAGAAGUCAUCAACGCCAAUCCUACCGCCCGUCAAAGAACCUAAAAAGGAAACCAAGGUAGAGGUAAAGAAACCGGAAAAAGUUGCAAAUACCCGUGCUCGAAGAUCGUCAAUAGCAGCAAUAACAGCACAGGCGCCAGCACCUGCGCCCGAGCCAUUGCCACCCAAACGGCCAACAUCCUCUCGAAGCAAAGCAGCCAGCCUUGAGCCUGCGUUCCCGGUAGCAACUGCUACCAUAGACCGGCCUCGCCGCGCCAGCACAGCGCGCAACACACCUGCGCCAGAACCGCGUCAGCCAAGCAAGCGCACUAAACGCCCAGCUCCCGGUAUUGUUACCGCAGGGCAUGAGGGUUCAGCGGCUGUCAGUGUAGGAAAGAGAAGUGCAGCGACACGCAAGAAAGCGUCAACCAAGAAAGACAAGAAAGACGGACGUGAAGGAAGUGCCGCUCAAGAGGUCCUUGACGAGGUUGAUGACGAGGGCAAUGUCAUUGAUCCCGAUGAGCCAAGAUACUGCUUGUGCAAUCGCGUGAGUUUCGGAACGAUGAUCGCGUGCGAAAAUGGAGAUUGCGAAAAGGAAUGGUUCCAUCUAGAAUGUGUCAACCUUACAGAUGUCCCCCCAAGAACCACGAAAUGGUACUGUCCUGAAUGCAGGAUCAAGCUAGGAAUUGGCGAGAAGGGAGAAGUCACGGCUAGAGGUAGGAAGAAGUAA